AUGGCUACUUUAUUUUCUAACACUUUGGAUGUGUUAAUUCAAGAAAGGCUUGGGGCCAGAUUUGGACUGGACAAAGAGUUAAAGUGCCAAAGGUAAGAGCCAUGUUAUAUCGAACAAGGUAUUUUAACGUUCCAGAUUGUUUUCUGUUUUAGGUCACACGCUAUAAGGGGUCAGUGAGUGCAACUGUCCACAAUGUUCAGAAGUGACAAGAGAGUAAAGAAAAUAGCGUACGAACCGUAAGUACAAACGAAUUAGGUAUCCUGCAAACUGACAAAGAAAUUACAAUACCAUUCACCAAAGCUAAAACGAGUUUCAAGUUUGUUAUGUUUCGCUGAAUACUCCCAACUCUUGAAAAAGAGUCGCCGACGAGUGGAUGGACCGUGAUUGGACCAUAGUUAUUCCAGUUACAACGCCGACAUACUAGACUUGAUUCGCUAAAUCAAUCUUCAGUUCAUACUAAUCAAUUGCCUUGUAAGCUGUCAUUUCAUUGAAAACUGGUGGAAUACUAUAGAAAACACUCAAGAUUCCUUAAGGCGGCGAGAGGCGAUUACGAGAAUCAAGCCCGUUGACUUUUGUUCAGUGGUUUCUGGUAAGUCUUUAAUUUUGUAAGCGGAAUAAGGCCACGUCACCGCUCCCUUAACGAACAAGACAGAAGCAACAGAGGCCUUUAUCACAAUAUCUUUAGUUAUGAUUCAGUUUUUCGCAAGAAGUAUUUCACUCAGAUCAGAAAAUCCCAGUUGUCUUAGCACUGCAAUGAAGUUUAUCUCUGUAGUAAGAGAUUUGGAACCGUUCACAUGAUUCUCGUUUCAAAAGAGCAUUUAAAACUAAAAAAAUUCCAAACGUUUCUCUUUAAAGCAUGUUUUAAUCCAGUAGUUUUGUUGCUUUUUGGCAGCAUUUUCCAUAUAUUUUCCGAGAACCUAAUUGGAAUUCUCGGUGCCGGUGAUUUGAAUGUAUUGAAUUCUCAAAGACAGCCAAAGUGAAAAAUGUCAUAAAAGUUCCAGUUUUUUGGUAAAAUAAGAUUUGAAUAGAACUGUUCGAAAGUUCUGCUUUAGGGAGGUUUCAUUUGGAUGGCAACAUCGGAGGAUUUCUCCCAAAUGUUAAAAAGUUAGAGUGAAAAAUCAUGCAUCUCGCAAUAACUUAGUCUUGUUGCGAAAGGAAAUCUUUUCAAUGAUUUUAAUGGGGAACGGAAACAAUCGGUUGCAUUGUUUCAACGCCUCUUGUUUUCUAGAACUCUUUUACUUAGUCUACUUAGGUCACCCCAAGGAGUACAGGAGCUGAGAAAGCUGUCAAGAAGUCUCCACUUGUGA